CGUGAUUUCCGGCGGAUGUUUAUUGGUCAGUAAGAAAGAAGCUCCGCUGCGGGGCCGCUGCUGCUGUUUGGGGCCGAUAUGCUGAGGCGGGCGGAGAGAGAGAGGCCGGGAAAGGCACUAGAGGUGAAAGGACUGUAGGAUUCCGAGACGGAGUUGAUGAUAGCUAGACCAGUAUCCCGAUUAUAUUCGUCCGUCGGCCAAAAGCUCUAUUAAAGUACGAACGUGCAUGUUAUAUGUGAGGUGUUGCCUGACGCGCGCGCAGCCUCUCUUUGAGAACCACUAGCCAGCUAACGCUAGUAAUGUAGAGCUCCAUUCACAUACGUACGUCAAACAUGGACACGACUACACAUCAAACUUGUGUAUUAUAUCGCCUUUGUGGCUAACAACUCUUGGCUGAACCGUUUAAUAUGGAGAUAGCUUGCAGACGGAGGGAAGUUUUGGAAUUAGCUAGUCACAGCACAAUAGUAACCCCGAGGCAACACGCUUCUCGUCUGUUGAAUCUGUGACACUGAUUUACUGUAACCUGAUAAAAGUGCUCCUCAGGUGUUGCUUUGAUCUUAAAAACCUCUCGAUAAGAAGAGUUGGUUUAAUUUAGUAUUUUAUUUUAUGUUUUUUUAUGGCUGGUGAGCAUAAAAGUUUGCUGUAGCUUAAGCCUGGAUCAGAUCAAAUGAAGGAGUACAAGGUAGUUGUGCUGGGCAGCGGCGGCGUGGGCAAGUCCGCACUCACGGUCCAGUUUGUGACCGGGACAUUCAUCGAGAAAUAUGACCCGACUAUCGAGGACUUUUAUAGGAAGGAAAUCGAGGUGGAUUCGUCUCCCUCGGUGCUGGAGAUUCUGGACACAGCUGGGACCGAGCAGUUUGCCUCCAUGCGAGAUCUGUAUAUUAAAAACGGGCAAGGCUUUAUUUUAGUUUACAGCCUGGUCAAUCAGCAGUCAUUUCAGGACAUUAGACCAAUGCGUGACCAGAUCGUUCGCGUGAAGCGCUUUGAGAAGGUGCCUCUGAUCUUGGUGGGGAAUAAAGUGGACCUGGAGUCAGAGCGGGAAGUCUCGGGCUCUGAUGGCCGUGCCCUUGCACAAGAGUGGGGCUGCCCCUUCAUAGAGACCUCUGCCAAGAGCAAGAGCAUGGUGGAUGAGUUAUUUGCUGAGAUUGUAAGGCAGAUGAACUACACCUCUUUGCCCGAGAAGCAAGAGCAGUGUUGCACUGCAUGUGUUGUGCAAUGAGCAAACCAGCCUUAUGUUUACUCCAGACGCAUCAUCCAGAUGGAUGCUCUUUUGAACCAGUCUCUGAUCUUAUGAGCCACACCUGUGCCACUGAGCCCCUUGAACUCUGAUACUUAAGACAUAUGGCCAAAGCUUGGCUUUGCUGACCAGAAGUAAAUCAAUGCAGGGUCUUCAAAAUGGAAAUCCACUGAGGUCUGGAUUGUAGAGCACAUUUUCAGUAUCUUCAAGUUAUCUUUUGGUUACCUGGAAACAAGGCAAGUCAGCGAAAAUUGGAGCACAGAAACUUUUGGGAAUGGGGGUAUGUGUGACAGGGCUAUUAAUAGCUAUUUUCCUUAUAUAGGGAAAAGGGUUAUGAUGAGCAGGUCAGCUCAGGGCUGUAAUACCCCUGAAGAUGCUUCCUUGUAAAUGUCCCUGUUUUUCUUUUAACAUGUUAAGUUUAUCUAAUUAUAAAGCUUUAACAGCCAUUAUGCAGGUUUGAGACCUAAAUAUCUAACAUUUCUUUUUUUCAGUUAUUUUAUUUUUACUACUGUAUGUAUGCUUUCUCUCAUAAUACUCUAUUUAUUAAAGUCUUUAAUUACCAAAAUAGAUACAUAUUGAAUUUUUAUAUUCUGUUGGCUGUUUUGGCUUUUUGUGACUACAGUAUGCAUUGUUUCUGACGUACAGCAUUUAAUGCCUUAAAUGAUUACAGUCUGAAACCUGUGUU